AUGGCUGGUGAACUUGUUGGUGGAGCUUUCCUUUCUGGCUUCAUUAACGUUGUCUUUGACAGGCUCCUUACAACUGAUGCUGUCAACUUGGUCUUGGGCAAGAAACUUGGCCCUGACUUGGUUCAAAGGCUGAAGACUGCUCUGUUGGGUGCUGAAGCUCUUGUUGCUGAUGCUGAGAUGAAGCAGUUCGGUAAGCCAUUGGUGAGGAAGUGGCUCGAUAGUCUCCGGGAUGCUGUUUACUGUGCUGAGGACUUGCUGGAUGCUGUCCUCCUCAAAGCCACCACUCAAAAGAAUGCAAGUUCAUUAUCCCUUAGCUUCUUCAUCAACCGAGAUAGGGAGAUGGUAGACAAGAUGGAAGUGGUGGUUAGAAGAAUUGAGGAUCUUGGAAAACAAAAAGAUUUCCUUGGUCUUGAAAAGAUUCCCACUGGUAGCUCCUCAUGGAGGACUCCGUCCACUUCUCUUGUGAGAGGGAAUGUUUAUGGCAGGGAGGAUGAUGAGAAGGCGUUAGUCCAGAUGCUGAAUGACAAAAAUGAGCAUCACUUGUCUGUGAUUGCUAUUGUUGGCAUAGGUGGGGUUGGUAAAACAACUUUAGCCCAAUGGCUGUACAACAAUGCAGAGUUGAUGGAGGGAUUUGAUCUGAAAGCAUGGGUUUGCGUUUCGGAGAAGUUUGAAGUUGUUGAGACUACAAGGAAUGUCAUAAAGCAGAUCCAUGGAGGUACUUGUAGUCUUGAUGAUUUCAAUUCACUUCACAAUGCUUUGAAAGAAGAAUUGUCCAAUAAGAAGUUCUUUAUUGUUCUGGAUGAUGUUUGGAGUGAUGAUGGUGACAAAUGGAGUAAUUUUAUGACCCCUUUCCAACAAAAUGGGAACAAGGGAAGUAUUGUUCUUCUCACUACUCUUGCAGAAAAUGCAUCUUUUCCACAGUCAAAUGGGAGAGCAGCACUUGAAGAAAUAGGAAGAAAGAUUGUCAAGAAGUGUGAUGGCUUGCCGUUAGCUGCAGAAACACUUGGUCGCUUGUUACGUACUAAGCAUGAUGUUGAGGAAUGGAACAAGAUACUAUUGAGUGAUAUUUGGGAAUUUUCGGUGGAGAAGAGUAAGAUUAUUCCAGCAUUACUGAUAAGUUACUUCCAUCUUUCUCCAUAUUUAAAGCGUUGUUUUGUUUAUUGUGCUUUAUUUCCCAAGGAUUAUGAAUUUGAGAAAGAUAAAUUAAUCCUUAUGUGGAUAGCAGAAGAUCUUUUACCAACACCAAAGAGAGGAGAGAGUUUAGAAGAAGUUGGUUGUGAGUUUUUUGAUGAACUUACUUCCAGAUUAUUUUUCACAGAGAUUCAAGAUGAUGACGAUCAUUAUUUUGUGAUGCAUGAUCUGUUGCAUGAUUUAGCAAUAUUCCUUGCUGGAGAUUUCUAUUGCAACUCAGAAGAACUUGGUAAAGAGGAGGAGAUAAGGAUUCAGACUCGGCAUUUGUGUGUAGAUUUACGUCGUUGUAGCUCAAAACUUUAUAAUUCUAUUUCUAAAGUAGAAUCUUUGAGAACAUUAUUAUUGUUUGGCCGUUUCUCAUCUCCCAACAGCAACAUUGAAGCGGCAACAUGUGAGAUAUUAUCAAAGUGUAAAUACUUUAGAGUUUUAUCCUUUUAUAAACUUGAUGUGUUGCGUAAUUCAAUAGGAGAAUUGAUCCAUCUGCGCUACUUGGAUCUCUCUUGGACUGAUAUAAAGACAUUACCCGAGUCUUUGUGCAACUUGUGUAAUUUGCAAACAUUGAAGUUGUAUUAUUGUUCUAAGCUAACUAGGCUGCCUAAUGGUUUGCAUAAUCUUGUGAGUUUGCAGCAUCUUGAUGUUAGAAAAACCUCUUUGGAAGAAAUGCCUGGAAAAAUGAGUAAAUUGAAUCAGUUGCACGUUUUAAGUUCCUUUGUCGUUGGCAAGCACGAAGACAAUGGAACCCAGGAGUUAGGAGGGCUGGUAAAUCUUCAUGGAUCCCUUGAGAUUAAGAAGUUGGAGAAUAUUGUUGGUGUGAAAGAAGCAAAGCGGGCAAAGAUAAUGGAUAAGAAGCACAUUGAUGCAUUAUGUUUGGAAUGGUCUUCAAGUGAUGAUUUGGUUUCAAGUACACAAAAAGAAAGAGACAUCCUUGAUAACUUGCAAGCGCAGAAUGGGUUGAAAGAGUUGAAAAUCAAGGGAUACAAGGGUACAAUAUUUCCAGAUUGGUUGGGGAACUGUUCCUACCAAAACAUGACACGUGUAUCUCUAAAAUCUUGCAAGAAUUGCUGCAUGCUGCCUUCACUUGGACAGCUGCCAUCUCUCAAGUCCCUGCGCAUUCGAGGUUUCGAUCAGCUGAGGAGUAUUGGCUACGAGUUUUACAAGAAUGAAGGAGCUCAUAAUUCUUUGCAUAUUGCACCAUUUCCCUCACUCGAGUGUUUGGAGUUUGAUAACAUGCCAUUUUGGGAGGUGUGGCAUGUAUCUGAGUCGGAAACUUUUCCUCAACUUAGGAAGCUCGAUAUAACAAAUUGCCCAAUGUUAAAUGAAGAGAUGCGUAAUCAGGUAUUUUUCAGAAUAGUUUCUUCUUUGUCGGAUGUUUCCAAAGUUCGCAAACUACGUAUAAGCGACGACUUUACCGAGGCCAUGUUUGUUGAUGGGGAUACUUUAAGAAUUAGGGGACGUGAAUCUCUGAUGGACUCUGCAUUGAUGACAAUGAUCAGCAUCAACCAUCUACGUUGCCUCCAAGAAAUACACAUCUUGAACUGUAGAGAUCUGAAAUUCCCGGAACAACAGCAGCAGAAGUAUGAUUUGGUAGAGCUACUAAUAGACAGCUGUGAUUCACUGACCUCCUUGUCGUUGGAUGUCUUUCCCAUUCUCAAGAAUCUCCAGAUAUCAUGGUGUAUGAAUCUGGAAUCAGUGUCAAUGUCAGAGGCACCACACGCUGCUCUUCAACGUCUCUCCAUUGCUUUCUGCGACAACUUAGUGUCAUUUGCAGGAGAAGGACUGGCUGCACCCAACCUAACUAAUCUAAGCCUCAUGGAAUGCGUGAAAUUGGAGGCAUUACCACGUGACAUGAAGAGUCUACUCCCAAGUUUACAUUCUCUCGAGAUAUAUGGUUGCCCAAAAAUUUGCAGGAUGCCAGAGGGUGGUUUGCCGCCUAACUUGAAAUCACUUGCUGUGGGAUUUUGCGAGCAACAAACGAGGGAUCUAUCAUGGAUAGGCAACUUGGACGCCCUCACUCAUCUCACCAUUUCUGGUUUUGGGUGUGAGAGCAUAAUAAAGUCAUACCCAGAGAUGGGUUCGCUGCCUCACCUUCCCUCCCUUACCACUCUUGAGAUAUGGGAGUUUAGGGAGCUGGAGACAUUGGAGUGCAACGAGCUUCUCCGCCUCAACUCCCUUCAACAAUUGCACAUUGUGUACUGCGAGAAGCUGGAGAAUAUGGAAGGAGAAAAGCUGCCUCCGUCUCUCUUGCUACUUCAACUUACAACAUGUGGUUUGCUGGAAGAACACUGCAAGAACAAGCAUCAACUGAUCUGGCCCAAAAUUUCCCACAUCCCCACCAUUAAAUUCGUCUGA